GUUGAUUAACUUACCUCAUCGACUAACAAGCGCAAUAUAUCUAAUCAUGAAACAAUUUGUUAUCCUUUGUGCUGUUGUUGCGGUUUCUAUGCUUUAUUUGGCACAAGCCGAGGAAUCGGUAGCAAUGGAGGAACGUGGAUUCUUUGGUAAAAAAAAUAGUGGUACAUCCUAUCAAGGCAGUGGCGGUGGAUGCGUAAAUAACGGAUGUAAUGGAAAAUCUUGUGGAGGAUAUUCAAGGUCUAGAAGCUGUGGCGGAUGCAGCUCUUGUUCGGGCGGAUGCAACUCUUGUUCGGGCGGAUAUAAUAGCGGAUGUCGCGGCGGUGAACGAAUCACUAUUAAAUCGAUAAACAACAAUACAAAUGGAGAUCCUGGAAAUUCCAAUGGAACUGGUAUUCCAGGCCCACCAGGUCCCCCAGGUGCUCAAGGUGCUCAAGGUGCUCAAGGUGCUCAAGGUAUUGCAGGUUUACCAGGUCCAGCAGGAAAUAAUGGAAAUAAUGGAAAUGGAAAUAAUGGAAAUGGAAAUGGAGGCGCAGCCGGAGCAUAAGCUAAUGAAAGUGAAGCAAGUAAUCAAAGAUGAGUAGUGCGUCAAAAUUGAUGUCCUGGAUAUUGAGAUGGUUGAUAUAUAGAAAUUCUAAUAACUAACACCUUAUGAAACCAGCAAACCAUAAAUUUAAGAAACUUUUUGUCAAAUCUGAUUAUUUCCAUCAAUAUUUGUUCAUUGAAACUAUCCAUAAUUUGUCCAAUAUUUCUUUAAUCUGAAUAAAGUAUUACAAAGCA